CACGGUAGCCAACUGACGGGUCGAAAACGUAGCAGCAAAGGAAAUCGCAUCAAAACAAAAUCAUCGCGAAUUUACUCGAGUGCGGUCGGUCAAAAAAACUAUCGGUCUCGAAAAAUAAUGAAAUUUAUAGUGAAAAUAUAUGUGCAACUUAUGAAAAAUUGGUGUUUAAGCUGGGCUAUUGCUGACUGAAAUAAGGUGUCAACUCAUGUUCCGUGUGGAUGGAUUCCGGAGUUAUUUCAUCCUCGUUCGGUCCCUCCAGGCUUGGGAUAUCCAAACUAUCAUCGGUGAUGGGUUCCUGGACGACGUGCGGAUUAUUUUCAUCAACUAUAAGGCAGAAAAUAAUAUUUCGCUGAGUGUCUAUAGAAUUGCCUUCGAACUGGGGAUUACUACUAGGCUUGGAAAUGUCGAUCCCUUCACUCGUCGUUGGCCGGAUGCCAAACGCCUCCCAAAAGUCGUAGCCACAGAUGAGAUCUUUCGAUAUCUCGGGGAUUACUACUGUUGGAACGACCUUUGUCUUCCCAUCGAAUGUGAAGGGUUAAACCUGUUUAUUAAGUCGAGAGAACUGAUGACCGAUAUGCUUGCGCCGGAAUCCAGCAGACCCGUAACUUCGGUGCCGAGAAUUUGCACGGUAAUAUGUGGGCAGGAACUACUCGUGUGCGCACACUUCUCUACUAGUACUAGUGAAUGAUAUAAUACGAGAUCUCUAACCUUGAUGGCGACCUAGGUCACCUUACUGCUGGCUGGCUGAUGCGUUCGCUGUAGCUCGCUGGAUCGUCGAUGCCGGAGUACUCCCCCGAUGCGGUGGUACUGGGCUGACGGACUGCGCCCCUGGCGACGGAAAUUGCGGACCGUUUCACGGGUCUGACCAACGCCGACGUGGUUGUGCUCGGCUUGAACUCGGCGGAUGCCGAUUGCUUGCGGACCGGCGCUUCUUGCUUGAGUUGGCAGACGGAUCGGCUGGUGCCGAUGGUGGACGGAAAGCAGACGAUAGCAGUAACUGGCUACGCUGCCACGGUUUCGCAGGUCUCGGCGAUAGGCAACGGCCGGCGGACACUAACACUACUUGGCGGUGUAUCGACGAUUGCCGACGAUUGGCUGGCACUACACGUGAUUGAUGGUAUCUCGGCGAUGGCCAACGACUGGCGGGCAGACACGUGUUAAGUACUAUUUCGGCGGUUGCCGACGACUGGAGAGCGUGGAACGUGUUAACGGUAUCUCGGCGAUUGCCGAC